AUGAAAAGCUUCAUCUCAUCAUCAUGCGGCGUCGUCCGAAAUAUUACCAAAACACAAAACAUUAAUUGCUCACUCUUAAACUCACUCUCAACAACACCUCGUCUCUUCUCCACUUCUGCUUGCAAUUUUGAACAACAACAACAAGCAUCCGAGGAAGUUGCUCGAGGCAGAUUGUUCUUUAUUACUUUGGUAAAAAGUCCAUUCCAUCAAACCGAAGAUGUUCAAGACUCGAUAAAGGUACUCAAAUUAAAGAAAGUUCAUCAAAUUCAAGUACAUAAGGACUCUCCACAAAUUAGAGGUUUAAUUUAUAAAUGUAGACUUUUACUUUCAGUCAAAUCAGUCUCCACCGCUGAAUUGUUCCCUGAAGGUACUCAACAUUUACCACAACACGUUCGUCUCACAAUGAAGGAAAAGCACGAAUUAAAGUUGAAGGCUAUGAGAGAAAAGAAGAGUAUGAAGUCAUUAAUCGAGGAAUAUAUUGCUGCCAAGUCAGCACAACAAUAA